ACGUGCAUAUGUACACACACUUUUAGCUUCAGAACAGUCACUUCAAAUCCACCAAAUCUCAAAUAGCAAAUGGAGAGAACAUUUCUCGCAUUGUUAAUCCUCCUCUUCCUCUGCUUCUCCAUCUCAUCAGAUUCCACGGAGCUCAGGCCAUCAGCAAGCUUACUCGACAAAGAACGAGUCCAUGGGGAUACAGUUAAAGACAUAAAAGGAGAGGAAAAAGAAGAAAAGAGCAUAUACAUCUUCAAGGCAGGGAAAGGAGCUCAUGGUCAUGGGUUUAAAGGUGGAAGAGGUGGAGGCCGGAAAGCAUCUCCCAAACGUAACGCUGCCAUGGAUCACCGGCCACCGUUGUUCUUCUCGGCCGUAUCCAUUCUUUUCACAGGCUUUAUAAUGCUCUCAUUAGGUCCAUUCGACAUGUUGAUAAGAUGACUAUGUUGUGUGCCUAAAUGUUUCAACUUGAGAGUUAACAUGUGUGUUA